UGCAAAGGUAUAUUUUGGGAGGCGGGGGGAGGGCCCGAUUGGUCGUCGUUGGAGCCACGUGGUGUUGUUGGGGGAGGGGAAGGGAGAGGCGGAGAGUAUUUGGUUGUUGGGCACAGUGUGGGAGGUCUUGCCUGUGCUCACUGAUUAUUAAUGAUCCAGUAUUAUGUCAUCUUCAUCUAUGUUUUCUUUUCACUUGAAAUGUCUAGACGUCCAAAUCCAAAUAAAAAGCACCGAACCGCUGGACCAGUCUUUGGCGCACCUUCAGAGGCAGACAGCCCUUCUGCUCAGCUCAACUAUCCAUCAUCUGCUGCUUCUUCUACCCGCCUCCUUCCCAUAUACUCUGUUCCCAGCCUUGUCUCCCUAUGCGCAAGACUUUUCACCGCAAAUUUCGUGAAGCUUCACAACCGUGAAAGGAUCUGGAAACGCACAUCCCACUAUUUGCAACUUGUCCCAGAGGAAUUAAAGGACAGGAUCUUUGGGAUGCUCAGUGUUGCCUGGCCCACAUAUUUGUCUCAUGAGAUUAUUGUCACUUAUUUCUUGAAUGGAUCGUCUCUUACUUUGUCCAACGCCCUCCCUGGGGUCAAUAGGAAUACUAUCUCUUCCAUCAAGAGGUUCGGCGCAAGCCUGCGGGAACUCCGUUUAACGGGAUUUGAGAAGAUCCCAGAUGAGGUCUUUGCCUCCAUUCUUCCAAACGUGCCCCAGCUAAAGGUGCUCGUGCUCCGUGGAUGCUCUAAAGUAGGCAGUAACACCGUCUUGGCUGCGUCCAAAUGUACACAGCUCACCGUAGCUAAUUUCAACUACACUUCUGCAACUCCAACGUCAUUGGCCGUGCUGCUUGCGGCAUGCUCAGAGUUACAGGUGCUCAAGCUCGCAAAGGUAUCCAACUGGAGAGACACGACAUUUUCAAAAUUCUUGUCUGCCGUAGAUGAGACAUUCAGGCAUGCAAACCUUUGUAAUCUAAAACUCCGUCAAACUGCAGUCUCCGACCAUUCUAUAGUCGCCCUCACAACCAUAUGUCCAAACCUUAGACGACUCGAUGUCGCCUUCACUGGGAUCCGCAAACCAUCCCUAUGGGUGGGCCAAGCUCCCCAUCUCGAAAAGUUGUCGUUAACUUCCACUGCGAUAUCUUCCGGAGAGUUGUGUAUUGCAGUUGAGAGCCUGCCGCAAUUGAAAACCCUAGCCAUAGGAGCGCUGGGUGUUGGCACAAGCCCGAAUACCACAAUCACUAACACCUCGUCGAUGACGCUGAACGAUGACGAUUUGAUACUUGUCAGUAACUUGCUGGCUGAACAUGGAAGGCCACUAGAGUCCCUAAGUCUUGUAUCCAAUACCAAGCUGGGCUUGAUAAGAAGGGAAUCGAGUGCUUUGUGUCAUAUGAUAUCUCUUGUUGGGCGCAAAUGCAAGUAUCUCAAUCUGUCAAGCAUAUCAUGUCUUCGCUCUUCAGAUCUGGCCGGUUUAAUGCCUACGUUUGAAUAUGAUGAGCCUUGUGCUCUCCAAACCUUGAUACUAAACAACACCGGUGUGGAUGAUGAGGUGGCGCCCUUCAUUUCAUGUUGUCCGGAACUUGCAACAUUGGAGCUUUCAGGGACAAAGGUAACCGAUGACGGUCUUUUUCCAAUCAUCGAUGCUUGUCCAAAGCUUGUAAAUUUAGAUCUUACGAGUUGCCGAGGGGUAAAUGUUGUUAAUCGCCGCCGCUUUUUUGAAGUCUGGGAGCAGUCUCGGUAGAGAUAUGCAUACAUUCUCGCAUACACGUUCCAAUUACAACAUGAUGAAAGGAGCGAUAUCUCAUGAAGGAAGGCAUUGUGAAUAGUCUACCGAUAUCAUAUAA